UAUACAAAAAGAAAAGAGUAGUAUAAUUAUGAAACUGUGAGAUAAUUUGGUAAGGAAUAAAAGAAAAGGCAAGGCACCGAAGCGAGCAGCAAUGAGAAGCAAAGGCAUGAAUUGCAUCACAUCGCAUUCACAUCACAGCAAAAUGGAAAUUUCCGAUUACAGAUUAUCGAUAGAUAAAGAACUCGCGUUUGCAUAAGCACUUCUGUUGCCUUGAUCUCCGAUUCCGUUUUCCACCGCUUCACAAAUCUCUCAAUGGCUUCUCUCUCCCUUCUUCUCACCUUGUUGCUGUUCUCCGUAAUUGGCACUUCUUCUUCGGAUAGCAGGAAGGAAUUAAGGAACAAGCAGGAAACUGAAUUGCAGCUGUUAGAGCACUCAUUUCAUUAUUCCAACCGAAUUGACCCAUCACGUGUUGUCCAAAUUUCUUGGCAACCAAGGGUCUUUCUAUACAGAGGUUUUUUGUCAGACAGGGAGUGUGACUACCUUAUUUCUUUGGCAUAUGCCUUGAAGGAAAAAUCAUCAGGGAAUAAUGGCCUUUCAGAGGCGGUUGAAACCCCCUUGGAUGUAGAAGAUGAUAUCGUCGCAAGGAUUGAAGAAAGACUUUCACUUUGGACUUUCCUUCCUAAAGAGAACAGCAAACCUUUGCAGGUUAUGCAUUAUGGACUUGAGCAGGAGGGUCGUAACUUAAAUUAUUUUACAAACAAAACCAAAUUGGAAUCAAGUGGAUCUUUAAUGGCAACAGUUGUUUUAUAUCUCUCAAAUGCCACUCAAGGGGGUCAAAUUCUCUUUCCCGAGUCAGUGCCCAAGAGUAGCACCUGGUCAAAUUGUAGAAAUAGUACUAACAUUCUCCAACCAGUAAAAGGGAACGCAAUUCUGUUCUUCUCUCUUCACCCAAGUGCAUCUCCAGACAAGAGUAGCUUCCAUGCUAGAUGCCCUGUCCUUAAGGGGGAUAUAUGGUCUGCAAUCAAAUACAUCUAUGCAAAAUCAGUUAGUAGAGGGAAGGUCUCAAACAUAUCUGAUGGUGGUGAAUGUACUGAUGAGGAUGAUAGUUGUCCCACUUGGGCAGCCAUGGGAGAAUGCCAACGAAAUCCUGUGUUCAUGAUUGGGUCUCCAGAUUAUUAUGGUACGUGUCGGAAAAGUUGUAAUGCAUGCUGAUCAGUUGUUGAUUGUCCACCUUCUGCACAUAUAAAUAUUUUCCAUUAUGUUUCAGAAUUCGUGCGAUCGCCUUCCUCCCCUAAAACCCCUUUGCUGUUUUUUUUUUUGUUGAUUGCUUCUGAGACAUACAUAUCAUGAAUUUCUUAUAUGUUUCUUCACGACCUUUUGAAAUGCACAUCAAAAGGUGCUCAAUACAAUUGAUUAAAGUUUUAAAU